AUGAGCGCCCUCCUUCGAAAUACGCAAGGCUGCUGGACCUGCCGCGUGCGCAGGAAGAAGUGCGACGGAGCUCGCCCCAGUUGCUCGACAUGCCAGUCACUGUCAAUCACCUGCUACGGAUAUGGCUUGAAACCGGACUGGAUUGACCGUGGCGAAAAGGAGAAAGCAAUGAUCGAUAGCUUCAAACAAGUUGUGAAGCGCACAUCGAGAAAAAAAGCUGUCGCCAAGCCUUCACAGGCCAGUGCCCAACUUUCGACAAUUGCACCUAAGGGCUCAACUGGUUCCUCCUCAAGUCCUCGGUCACAUGGCUAUGAGCCAGAUCAUGGCUCAUCUAUGGACGAAAGAAUGAAGACGUUACAAGGCGGACUAUUAUUUGAACAACCACGCAAGGAUCACCAUGACAAUUUGGUUUUAUUCCCCAUUUCAGCUCAGGAGUCUGCCUCUUUAAUGCACUAUCUCGACAACGUAUUUCCACUGCAAUAUCCCAUGUACAGAGCCAGCGUUUUGGAGGGAGGCCGAGGCUGGCUCUUGGCCCCCAUGUUUCGAAUAAAGCCUCUUUAUCAUGCCACGCUGGCUAUCAGCUCAUAUCAUCGUCGAAAGAUUUUCUUUACCGGCCAAGGCAGCGAAUGGAAGAUUCAUCUCCGUGCGGCAACAAAUAUGCAGGAGCGAUACUUUCGAGAUAACUUAGUUGACUACGGUUUGAGCAAGGGAGCAGGGGCUAUCCUGCGCGGUAAUCGCAAUUUCUCCGUGGAUGAUGGGCCGACGGUCAUGGAAGAGAUUGUGAUAUACAAGUUCUUUACUGGGGUGAUAAUAUGGCUCGAUAUCGUAUCGUCUAUCACGGCGGGAGAGGCGCCGCAUUUACUGCCCUACCAUUUCCGUGAUAUUUCUUCGACAUCUCCUUGGGUUAGACUUGAGGAAAUCAUGGGCUGUCAAAACCAGGUGAUGCUCCAAAUUGGUCGGAUCGCUGCGUUAUACGAACACAAAACCCAAAGCCUACAAAAAGGCUACUUAGUGAACACCUCCAUUGAGGAAACCGUAAGGGAUAUCAGUAGGGAGAUUGAGUCCUGUCUUACACAGACAGCAUUGAGAGGUCUUGGCUUUUCUAUUGGGACAAAUACUAGUCCGGUACCAAAGUCGUUGAUAACGUCGAAUUCGACCACGCUAGUCACACACAUGUUUGCUCUCAUGGCAUGCAUUUACCUCCACCUGGUCAUAUAUGGCUUUCAAAACCUAGAGUUAUUGGAACCAACCACUUAUAAGGCUAUGGAGACACUUCGCACCAGGUUUCCUGCUCAUCUUCUGCCGGCUAUAGUCUGUCCGUUGUAUGUGAUAGGAUCUGUUGCAACACAGGAGGAGGACCGCUUAUUUUUCCGACAAGUUUUUGCCUCACCGCCAUUGCUGGAUCCUUUGUUUGAGCAUCGAACGAAAGUCCUGACUGCUCUAGAGGAGGCUUGGAGGAAAAGAGAGGCCAGAAACGACUUUACGUGGGGGGACAGCUUGGAGAUGGUCGACGAUCUCCUGCUCCUCUAA